AUGAGUGAGCCUGAUGUCUGGACUCCCCGUGAAGUCCAGUUCUGCUUUGCUGGGACCAACAAUUCCUGCCCUAGGAAUGUGAGGCCCACUCUGGUUGUCUGGGCCAUGUACCUUGUCAUGGUGGGAGCAAUAGUGAUGACCAUGCUGGGCAACAUGGUCGUGGUCAUCUCCAUUGCCCACUUCAAGCAGCUCCACUCCCCAACCAACUUCCUCAUUCUGUCCAUGGCCACCACGGACUUCCUGCUGAGCUGUGUGGUCAUGCCCUUCAGUAUGAUCAGGUCCAUCGAGUCCUGCUGGUACUUCGGUGACCUCUUCUGCAAAGUCCACAGCUGCUGUGACAUCAUGCUCUGCACCACCUCCAUUUUCCACCUGGGCUUCAUCUCAGUGGACCGCUACUAUGCUGUCUGUGACCCUCUGCACUAUGUCGCCAAGAUCACCAUCCCUGUCGUAGAGGUCUUCCUACUCAUUAGUUGGGCAAUUCCCAUCUUCUUUGCUUUUGGCUUGGUAUUCUCAGAAUUAAAUUUGAUCGGUGCUGAGGAGUUUGUCACAGCCAUUGAGUGUAAAGGAUUGUGUGUGUUGAUAUUUAACAAGCUCUGGGGGGUGCUGGCUUCUCUCAUAGCUUUCUUUCUGCCUGGGACAGUGAUGGUGGGGAUUUACAUACACAUUUUCACAGUUGCCCGGAAGCAUGCCAGGCAGAUUGGCACAGGUCCUAGGAUGAAACAGGUCGCCUCAGAAAGCAAAGUGAAGGCCACAUCCAAAAAGGAGAGCAAGGCCACCAAGACUCUAAGCAUAGUCAUGGGGGUGUUUGUGUUGUGCUGGCUCCCUUUUUUUGUCUUGACAAUCAUAGACCCUUUCAUCGAUUUUACAACCCCUGAAGAUUUGUAUAAUGUUUUCCUCUGGCUUGGGUACUUCAAUUCCACCUUCAAUCCUAUCAUAUAUGGCCUGUUCUAUCCUUGGUUUCGCAAGGCCCUGAGGAUGAUAGUCACGGGGAUGAUCUUCCACUCUGACUCUUCUACCUCAAGCCUGCAUCCUGCACAUCCUUAG